GUUAGCUUCUGUAUUUUGGGUUGUGGGUUUCUGCUAGUUAGGGAAUAGGAAUGCAGAGCAAAAUCAGAUCUGUGGACUAUUUGCAUACAGACAUAGUGGGCCCAGUGAUGCAACCCCAAGGUUUUACGGGUUCUGCAGGAAUUGUGAGAGAUUAUUACACGUACAACACUGUUGUCAUUAUCUACUUAAACUACAUCAAAUAUUUUGCCUGCACAGAUCUUUGUGGACAUUUGUUUUUAAACCUUUUUUUAACUGUUCUUUGUAUUUCAGAUGGUCCAGUGUCACAUCUAUAAUUCAGCAGUAGACUGGUGGGCUUUUGGGAUUGUCUUGUGCAAAAUGGCCACUGGAAGAUCACCUUUUUAUGAAGGCCGUAAAGCAGAGAAAUGCAUCCAUUUUAUCCUCAAUUGCCAGCCCAGCUAUUCAGAACAGCUCAGUACAGAACUGCAAGAUCUUCUGGAAAAGCUCCUAAAGAAGAAGCCAUACAAGCGGCUUGGGUUCAAGGGGGAUAUAAGGAGACACCCCUUUUUCAAAUCCAUUAACUGGAUCGAAGUAGAAAGACAAAAUGUUGAACCACCUUUCCAGCCAGAACCUAAUUCUGAUGUGAACAUUCAAGUCAGUGCCUUGGAGGUCUUGAAGAGUGACAGCACCUCACCUAACAGCUAUCAUCUUCAGGACUUCACAUAUCUGAGCCCCAGCUGGCAGGCAUAA